AUGUCAGAAACACAACAACUCCCAUCAAUUCAACCAUCAACCCCCUCCCCAGCCCAAUUCAUCCCCCCACCACCUGCGAACCUCACAACCGCCAACCUCCCCCAAGAAAACGCCCGCGCCGCCGCCGCCCAAAUUGCCUUCUUCCGCGCCAUCCCCUGGUGCAAUGCACUCUUGUCCCGUCCGCGCAUUGUCAUCGACCAGUCAGUCUCCCGCCAAUUGAAGCCCCCGACCUCGGGGCUGGAUACGCUUCUGUCUAAGACUCUCAACACGUUGAGUACCAUCCCGGCGUACGUGACUUUUUAUGUUCUCCCGGAGACAGCAGAGGAUCUGAUCGGAGAAGUGCAUUCCCUCCUGGCGCUGGGGCAUGAUGUGAAUGGGUGGGAGGGUAUUUGUCAUGGGGGGUUGGUAGUCACACUCAUUGAUGAGGUAAUGGGGCAGGUAUUUGCUGUGAACAGGAAUUCUGGGAGGCUCAAGGGAGGGGAUGAUGUGAUGCCUGUGACGGGGUGGUUGAACACGAGGUUUGAGCGGCCCGUGAAGACGGGGAGUGGGAGAGAAGGGGAUGAGGUGAAGGUUGUGCUUGUGAGUGCGAGGUUGGUGAAGCGCGAUGGGAGGAAGUUCUUUUUGGAGGGCGAGGUUAGGGCUGAUGAGGGACGGGUGGUGUGUGCUAGAGGGGAGGCGUGUUUUGUGUUGGUGAAGGAGAAGUUGUGA